AUGUUAUUUGAGCUACGGUGCCGGGGGGUGGUGGGUGUCCGCCAACAGUCCGCAAGACGCCAGGUUUACUGGUGGACUGACGAGAUCGCGCGGCAGCGCGUUGAGUGCGUUGUGGCUCGCCGCCGGUACACGCGGUACCGGAGACGACGUCGACGGGAUUCCGUCGAGGAAGACGCGCUGUAUGAGGCGUACCGCGCGUCCAAGGAGACUCUGUGGCUGGCCAUCGGCGACUCGAAGUCGCGUGCCAGGGAGGAGCUGCUGCGGUCCCUAGAUCGAGAUCCGUGGGGGCGCCCCUACCGUUGGGUACGGGGCAAGUUGCGUGCCUGGGCGCCUCCACUGGCGCAAAGCAUGCAACACCAGUUGCUAGAGGCGGUUGUAUCGGCCCUCUUCCCUGAGCGAGCGGAAUACGUUUCCCCGGCGAUGGCUUCACCCUCAGCCACAGACUCUCGAGAAGAGGAGAGCACCGAUGUCCCCGAGGUGACGCAAGCAGAGAUGAGAGCGGCCGUGUCGCGACUCCGGUCUGAGAACACAGCGCCGGGACCCGACGGAGUUCCUGGUCGAGCUCUCGUCCUAGCUCUGAAGGAGCUAGAGCCCCAGCUGAGGGGGCUCUUCGCGGCAUGUCUCGAACAGGGUCAGUUUCCCAGUGUAUGGAAGGAGGGGAAGCUGGUCCUGCUCAGGAAGGAGGGGCGCCCUGCGGACGCGCCGUCCGCGUAUCGGCCCAUAGUGCUGCUCGAUGAGGCGGGCAAACUUUUUGAGCGCAUUAUCGCAGAUCGCCUCGUCAGCCAAUUGUGCAGGGAGGGGCCGGACUUGGAUGACAACCAAUUUGGUUUUCGUCGGGGGCGCUCCACCACAGACGCCAUCAUGCGCGUGAGGGCCCUGGCGGAGGAGACGGUGUCCCGGGAUGGGGUGGUACUGGUGGUGUCUUUAGACAUCUCCAACGCUUUCAACACCCUACCCUGGAAUUGUAUUCGGGAGGCUCUGAAAUACCAUCGCGUGCCUCCCUACCUCCGCCGCACGGUAGGGGCUUAUUUGGAGGGUAGAUGCGUCACUUAUCGGGGAAGUGACGGUGCCGGUCGGCACCUCAUGUCGUGCGGUGUUCCACAGGGAUCGGUCUUGGGACCGCUCCUGUGGAAUAUUGGCUACGACUGGGUGCUGAGAGGCGAGCUCCCGUCGGGCGCCGACUUGACGUGUUAUGGGGACGACACGCUUGUCACUGCCCGGGGGAGCUCACACAGGGAAGCGACGUUGAUAGCCACGGCUGCGGUGUCACUGGUGGUGAACCGCAUCCGGCGCCUGGGCCUGGAGGUGGCCCUAAACAAGUCGGAGGCUAUGGUGUUUCAUGGCCCCCGACGUGUGCCGGCGCCGGGAUCACACAUCGUGGUAAGUGGGACCCGGAUAGCUGUCGAGUCCACCAUGAAGUAUCUGGGAUUAGUGCUCGACAGCCGAUAGGAAUUCGGGCCCCACUUCCGGCGGCUGGUGCCCAAGCAGAUGGGUGCAGCGGGCGCGCUUUCAACGUUGCUUCCCAAUUUGGGGGGCCCGAGCGCAGCCUGUAGGCGGUUGUACGUGGGAAUCGUGCGGUCCAUGGCCCUGUAUGGGGCCCCUGUGUGGGCGAUGGACAUGACGGCCAGCAUUGUCGCCAUUCUGCGUAAGCCGCAGAGGGUGAUGGCCGUCAGAGUCGUCCGCGGGUACCGCACGAUUUCCUACGAGGCGGCUUGCGUCCUGGCCGGAUCCCCGCCCUGCGACCUAGAGGCGAAAGUACUCGCGUCAUUAUAUAGAUGGCGCGAGCAAGAGCGGGCACGGGGCUCGAGGCCGGUGCAGCGGCAGAUCGCGCUGCGCCGAGGAGAGCUCCGUCCAGCGGGCAAUUUCAGAAUGGACAGCGCUUUGGCUUUGGAGAUCGAGCAGGUCUCGCGUCAGAAGGCGCUGGAGGAGGAAGCGCUCCGCGGCGAGUCGGCUGUGCGGCAGUUCUACGCGGGAACCACAGCGCUGAUCACUGGAGGCACGGGCUUCAUCGGGAAACAACUCACAGAGAAGCUUCUAAGGUCGUGCGACGUUAAACGAAUUUACCUGUUGAUUAGGUCGAAGAAAGGGAAAUCGAUGCAAGAGAGACUGAAGUCACAAUUAAAUGAGCCAGUAUACGACAAUUUACGGUCUCAACAACCAGAUUUCGCUCGGAAAGUGAUACCGGUGGAAGGCGACAUCUCAGAACUAGGCGUCGGCCUGAACAACGAAGACAGGAUGAAGCUUGCGCAAGAGGUGAAUGUGAUAUUCCAUGUGGCUGCCACGACCAGGUUCGAAGAGCCACUGAAGAAGGCCACAUUCAUCAAUGUCAGAGGAACCAGGGAGAUUAUGAAAUUGGCCAAAUGCUGUAAAGAUCUAAGGUCCUUCGUACACGUGUCAACUGCGUUCUCUAAUGCAACCAAGAGUAGAAUAAAUCACGAUUUGGAAGAGAAAAUCUAUGAAAGCCCUGUCCCUCCGGAAGUCAUGAUACAGCUCGCGGAGACAGUCGAAGAAUGCAGACUCAACGCGAUCACUGCUGAUUUGAUAAGAGACUGGCCCAACACGUACUGCUUCACGAAGGCCAUAGCCGAGGAUGUCGUGCGUACAAUGGGCAAGGAUUUACCUGUGGCCAUAGUGAGGCCACCCGUAGUUAUCUGCUCGCUCAAUGAACCCACUCCUGGAUGGGUGGAUAUGAGCUCGGUGAUCGGUCCUAGUGGGAUAAUUUUGACGAUUUUACUAGGCGUGAUGCACGUAAUUUUAAUGAGUGAUAUUAACAUUCCACUAGUGCCCUUGGACUACGUCAACAAUGCGGUAAUAGCAACAGCAUCGGAGACCGAUAAACGUUACAAUAAUAAUGAAAAAGAAAUUAAAGUUUAUAAUAUAAGCUGUUCCGGGUGUAAAAUUGAAACAUCUUGUGUGAGUAAUCUCAUGAAUAAUCCUAACACACAACAGUACGCUACGCCGAAAGCCGUUUGGUACUGUUACAGUUUUGAGACCGGAAGUGAUGUUGUAUUUUGGUUGUUAACAUGGCUGCUGCAUUACAUACCUGCGUAUGUAGCCGACUUCGUAUUUAAUGUGACCUCCAUGAAGCGACCUGAGGGCAUUAAGUCAUUCGUUAAAAUGUAUGAAAAGUUAUACAACAUGUCUUUGUUGUACGGUUAUUUCAUGAGGAACCAGUGGAAUUUUGUCGAUGACAACACCGUGGCCAUGUUGAACCAAAUGUCAAAAACUGACAGAAUAUUGUUCAAUUUUGACAUUUCUGCGAUUGAUCGGUCACGUUUUUUGCUGAUCUGGUUGAUAGGCUUGAGAAAGUUCAUUAUUAAAGACGGCCUCAAGGAUAGCAAAUAUGGAAUGAAGAAACAGAGCUGGUUAAGGAUAGUUAAUUUUUGUUAUCAUGGAUUAUUUUUUGGGGUCGUCAUUUGCUUGCUGUAUGUUUCCUGGGCAAUAUUCAUGUACGUAUUUGGAUGA